AUGGGUAGCAAAGUAAAUGCUUGUUUUAAAGCUUCGAAAGCGGUUGUUAUGCUUUUUUUCUGUUUUUGCGUAAAUAAGGAAGUUAUCGAAAUAAACCAGGAAGCCGGCGUUAAUAAGGUCCAGGAAUAUGUGGUUUAUUAUUUAUUGGAAAGUGGUUGGAAUAUAAUUGGGAAAAAUUUGCGGAACUUUUUUAAAAUAUUAUCGAAUUCGUUGGUAUUAUUAAACAAAAGUUUUAUUAACGUUAAUUUUUUAAUUAAGGCGACGGUAAUUGGGUUUGUAUUGCAAAUGUUUGUUAAAUCGCAAAGGUCGGAAAUUUUACGGGACCAAAGUUUGCGGUACGAUUUGCAUUCGUUCGUAUUAAAACGAAUGUUUUUAUGGUCCCGUUUAAAAAUCCCAGUAAGGUAA